UCUGCCUCGGGCCCGCGCCCACCGGAGGUUGCCCGACCUCACACCCGAGGCUGCAGCGGCCCAGCGCAGGCCCUAGGGCCGGGUCGACCUCGAUCGGACGGGACACGCGGCGGACGGGACGGGCGGCGGGCGGAACUGCGGGUACAGAGGUGGCGGCCAGCAGAGGGCGCGACCCGAGCAUGGCCGAGGAGCGCCGGGGGUCCUGGUUCGGCUUCGGUUUCUGCGGCUUCGGGCAGGCGCUGGGCUCGGGGCGCGGGCGGCAGGUGCACAGCCCGGAGCCGCUGGAGACACCGGGCCCGGGCGCCGACGUCUGCCGCGUGAGCGCCAGCUGGAGCUACACCGCCAUCGUGACCCGUGGAGGCCAAGUGCAGCUUUCGGGCGCGGCCGGCGGCGCGGCGGGCGGCUGCAGGGACGCGUGGGCCUCGGAGGCGCUCCUCGUGGUGCUGCGCGCCGGGCCGGCAGUCGGGCCCGGGCCGGAGCUGCAGGCCUGGGCGCCGGCUUCGGCGCUGCGCGGGGAGCCCCUGUGGACCCACACGCUGCUGCCGGAGGCCGAGCGGGAAGACGCCGCGGGCGGGGAGCCCCAGGCCCGGGCGCUGCCCCUGCUGCCCGGCGCGCGCGCCUACGUGAGUCCGCGGCCGCCCUUCUACCGGCCUCUGGCCCCGGAGCUGCGGGCGCGCCGGCUGGAGCUGGGCGGCGAGCACGCCUUGCUGCUGGACGAGGCGGGCCAGGUGUUCUCCUGGGGCCAGGGCAGGCACGGACAGCUGGGCCACGGGACUCUGGAGGCUGCGCCGGAGCCGAGGCUGCUGGAGGCGCUGCAGGGCCUUCCCAUGGCCGAGGUGGCCGCGGGUGGCUGGCACUCCGUGUGUGUGAGCGAGACGGGGGAUAUUUAUGUCUGGGGCUGGAAUGAAUCCGGGCAGCUGGCCCUGCCCACCAGGAGCUUGGCAGAGGAUGGAAAGACCUUUGCCAGGGAAGCUGGCGGGCCGAACGAAGGUGACUCCGACGUGAGGACAGUGGGGAGUGAGGACGGAGCCCCGGCCCCCUUCAUAGCCAUCCAGCCCUUCCCCGCUUUACUGGAUCUGCCCUGGGGCGCGGAGGCAGCCCAGGCCAGCUGUGGCUCCCGGCACACGGCGGUGGUGACAAGGACUGGGGAGCUCUACACCUGGGGCUGGGGUAAAUAUGGACAGCUUGGCCAUCAGGACACGACCAGCUUGGAUCGGCCCUGCCGUGUGGAAUAUUUUGUAGAUAAGCGACUGCGAGUCAGGGCCGUGAGCUGUGGGCUCUGGAACACCUACGUGUAUGCUGUGGAGAAAGAGGAGAACGGACAGCCGCAGCCACGGGCGUGAAGUGAGCGUGCACUAGAGUAGAUGAUACACCCGUGAAGCACCCCCCAGCCAAGGAAACCACUGCCGGCCCCCCAGAUGCCCCCCAUGUGCCCUCCCCGCCACAGCCCUCCUGCCCUGCCCUAGAGCCCCGUCUUCAACUUCGUCCUCAUGUUGGACACACCUAAAGAGCCUUGGAAGGGCAUGGCCAAGGCCAGCACGGCAGACACCAUGAAAUCUGAAGCCCUGGGUGGGGAGCCUGGAUGGGGGUAGACCAUCAAGCUCCCGCAGCCAACCCAGUGGCCGCACCAGUGGAGGGGCUCCUUUUUCACCACAUCCUCGCCAACACCUGCUGUUUCUUGUCUUUUUGGUUCCAACCGUGCCGGCGGAGUGAGGGGAUCUCUCGUCGUGGUCGUGGCUUGCGUCUCCCCGAUGCUGAGUGAUGUCGAGCAUCUUCUCAUGUGACUGUUGGCCAUCUGCGCAUUGUCUUCGGAGACCAAACUGACCAAAAAGUGAUUUGAGAAAAAAACAACCACCACCAUGUAUCUUUUUGAAAGGUAAGUAUACACAUUAAUUUAUUUUUAAGAAUAUAUUUGUAUUUUUAAAAACAGGACAUGUAUACGUUUAAGCAGCAUGGCUGACACAGACCAAACCCAUGCUGGUAAGCUUUCGAGAACCAUUGUGUGUGCAGACAGUAGUGCUGGCACAGGCAGGCAGAGGAAGAAUAAAUAGUGCUUGGGGGAGAGCAGUAGUGAUCGCCAGGGUACGUGAAGAUGCAGACACUGUAGCAGGAACAACUCCCCAGUACUGACAUGUGCAAAGUUCCCGAUCUCCGGGACAGAGACGGCCCAGCCCAGCACCACAGCCUGCCAACUGCAGGGGACAGAUGAACGCGGGCACCUCAACCCGGAGAAAACUAAAGAAGUGGAGUUCAGGUAAGCAUGCGUGUCCGUACACACGUCUCCACACGUAGGCCAUUGUACCAUAUAACAGAAUUCUACACCAUUUAACAAAGGAGCCCCAGCCUCCUUGUCCAACAAGAUGUCCAUCUCUAAUUAUAAGGGUACAGGCCAGUAGUACUUCGUGCCCCACGCCCCAAGGAUGGGCACGAUGGUAAAACACAAUAAGCCCUUGGUCGGGCUUCAGCAAUAGAAUUACGGGGCAGAGAAAGCAAUUAGGUUCCAUCUGCUAAAAUUUGCACUUACCGCUAUGAACUAAGAUUGAAUGUAUUUCUUGGGUCAAAACAACAUCAAGUUUUUGAAGACCCACUGAACCCUCUGGUGGGUUUUCAUCUGUAACAAUCACUUCUGUCAGUCAGGCCCAGGGUAGUGGAACCUAAACUCAAGAAAAACCCAGGCCCCCCCACAUAAUCAGGUCUAGUCUAGGCACAGGAAGCUAUAGCGGCUGACUGAUCAGGGCUUCUCAGGACUGGAUGUUGGUCGAAUUGAGGAUUCGAGAAGCAGCAUCAGAUUUGGAAGCCUUUGAAAGUUCUCGCUGUUGAAAAAUAAAUAAUGUCAGUGGCAGUGCGGCCCCUCUCCGGCACACAUCCCCCCGUCCUGGGAAGCACGGGUACAGGACUCUCUGAAACCGAGGUCCCUCGCCAGCACAGGCUGUGUUAGGGACGUAAGACGAAAGCCUGAGCACCGUGCUAUUAGCCGUAGAUAAGCAUGUGCCGUGGACCCUGGACCCCUCUCCUGAGCCAGUACAUUCCGCCAGAACCUCCCAGCACAGAAAUCCCUUACGCUCCACGAAGUACUCUGAGUCGUCUAGCUAGGCAGGCAACAACCUUUGGUCUUUGAGCCCUUUAUAAAGCUCGGGGCCAGACCCUCUAUCUACCAAUCCCUGGGGCCGAGGGCCUUGGAACCUGCUGGUGAUUUGAUCUCCUGCUGGAGCACAUGGAACAGAAGAGGGUAAAGCAUGAACGAGCCCCGAGAGAGAGGUUAGGAGAGGUUAGUCUACCGGCUUGGGUGCCGCCUGCGGGAGGGCAUGAGCCACAGCAACCCAAACCAGACGACCCUCCCACCCGUGGCCUUGCCAUAAAGAGCAGGUGCACCCAAGUGGGUGCCGCGGGAGCAAGCAGGCCCCUCUGUGCAGCAGGCGGCUCGCCGGAGCCACAUGCAGUGAUGUCAUUUGAAAAAAGCACCAUAAUAUGAAGCUAGUUCCAGUGUUCCAGACCAGCUCUAGCCUUGGGCCACUGCCCCCUUCCCUGCCACUGCAGCACCGAGAGCGGCACCCCUGGCUGUGUGCCAGCGUGUCCCCCACCCCCCCCCCCCCCGCCCCGCGUGAGGAGCAGCCUCCCCUCCCCCCAGGAAGACACUGAGGGAAGAGAGAACACGUGCUGUUAAGGACGCUGCAGUUAAGGGUUAGUGAAGACGGAGUAGGUUACUAGGAACAAAGAGUGUCUGAAAAAUCGCUUUUCAACGCCACACGAUGCUUUAGCAGCUUGAUGUGGUAGGAACAGGCAGAGGCUAGGAAAGGAGCACUGGCUAGCUCGUGGCAGAAAGUUGGCAGGUGAGCCCGAAAGGGUUAGUAAGGCCUAUACUCCAGAACGUAAUCAGCACACAGGCCAAGAACCUCCCGACGCGCAGCACACAGCUGGGGCUCCCCUCCCCGCGCGAUGGGGCCUCUGUUCUCUCCAGCACACUGGAGGCCUCUGAGGUCACAACUGGGGAGGGUGAAGGUCUUCGGGUGUGAAACACAGUGAUUUAAAAAAAAAAAAAUUUGCCUGACUUUAGGUAGGGCUGAGAAUCCAAUUCAAGUCUGAACAGGUGUUGUUAAUCAGCAGGUUAGGCUGCUGGAGGAUUGAAGUCAGAAAGUAGUUUUGAUUUCCGCAUUAGGAACUCCUGCUUCCUUUGUUUAAAAAAGGAGCGGGGGGGGGGGCGGGGGGUGCUCUACGAGUCCAGCUGAGAUGAUCAGUUAGUGGAGCUCCGUGCCCAGACGGGAGUUAAGCGAGCAGAUGUGACAGGUGAGUUUGGAAAAUGGCCACGGGACAUGCAGGGGUUGCCAUACAGACCUGAAGCCCAACAGCGGAGCUGUCAGAGAGGGGCGGAUCCUUCUAAGAACAAAGAAUUGAGACAAUUACCAAGAACUCCACCAAGAGAGCACCAGGGCAGUGAUCAGAAGGGUCACCUCCCGCAGCCAGGGACUGGUAUUUCUUAAGCAGGAGGAUCGAGGUUAAAUGUCACGUUGCCGCUGCCACUUUCCUUCUUCUCUAUCCCUUAAACCACCCGACCCUGUGCCACGGUCAAGGCAGGAAAGGGAUUCUCAGCCUCCAAAGAACUGUCCUAAUUAUCUGGGUGCCCUUGGGAAGGAACCCACUCUGCCCCAACUGUGUGCUCCCCAGAGACUGGCAGAUAUCAGAAAAGGUGAAUUACCGCAAACUCAGAAUAGGUGCUGGCAACGGAAUUAAUGCUGAAGUUGCGCUGGAGGGGGGCCGAGGCGGGGUACCCACCGCUCAGGAUGCUGCCAUUGAGCUCCAGGUUCUCCUUGUCGGCUCCAUGCCUCCCAGCACGGGGGGUUUUUUUCCCCGAACAAGUGGAAGUGAUGACCGGCUGCAGAGGAGAGAGAGGUCUGGGCAUCAUGCUAAGGAGGGACACACACACACACACAGGUGGCCAAAGGCUAGUAACGUCUCUGGAUUAUUCAUGACUCUACUUGUGGUUUUAAAAGCUGCAGGAAUUCUUAAUGAUGUGCAGAGGACCUGUCUCGAGCCUGUCUGUAAAAUACUUGAAAGACACAUUUAGCACAUCUUCUCCACCUCUCCUUACGUGACUGUCCCUGACCGUCUCGCAAUCCAGGGUGGCUGGACUGGAACCCACGCACAGGGACCUCACUCAGCAGCACCUGAAGCCCAAGGUAUGAACUGAGCCCCCAGAAUCCUAUCCCAGUGACUCCCAUGAUCCUACUGGGGUUCAGAAUGACCAUUCUCUCUCUCACGUUCGACGGAUAAGCUAGCUUACUCUCAGCAUCUCAAGGGAAACUGAGUCCAGGGAUCUUAGAACGUGGCACAAGCCGGCGGGGCGUCCGGGUAAGCGGGCUGGGGCCGUGGUGGUGAUGCCCUUGUGCGCACAGCAUACUGACCUUGCUGCCAGAAGGUGGAAGCCGAGACACGGGGGAACGGUAGACUGUCCCCCCAAAGACAGGCCGAAUGCUGCUGUUGGCCGUAGCAUUGGACAUGGUGGUCGUGUUCAGCUACGGAGAAGAAUGGGAGAAGAGAACACUUCGAACACACUCAGUAGCCUGCCCGGCACCACAGAGGAAGGAACAGAGGAAAAAGUCCAAGAUGGGUUUCCAUGGCUCAGAGCUUUGAGGAGACCUGUGCUCUGCCAUCAACAUGGGGUUUGAACUCCCGGCCUGGGAUCAAGAGUCACGUGUUCUACCGACGGAGCCAGCCGGGCGCCCCUGCAGAUGAUUCUUAAACUAUCGUAUGUUGUAAAAUACGCGCUGAGAAGUAAAGUUCUACUUCCUUUAUCAAAGACAAGGUCACAUUCCUCCCUGACUUCUGCUCCAGCGAUGGAAGAAUACAGGAUAUUCCAUUUACUAAACUUGCGGUCCGGGGUCCCCAAGUUUAACCCACCCAAGACCUCAACAACAGGCUCACAUCUGAACUGCCCAGGCCGUGACUGUCGUUAGCAGUUGCUACCGGGGUAAGGGUUGUCUUCCGUUCAUACGUUUAGAGGAACCUAACCUGGAAGGCCCAAGAAACCCUUCCCCCUCUGUGGGGCAGGAGGCCAGAGGUGGCCAAGAGCCGUGGCCUUAAGAGCCCCAUAAGGGCGGUUCGCAGAGCCCCGCGCUCACCUUACGCACUUUGCCGGGCGUGUUGGGGGCCAGUCCCCGCCGCUUGCUGGGGGUGCGGGGAGCACUGCCGUACAGCAUCUCGGUCUCCGUCUGCUUCUUGUUCUUGAGUUGCUGUGUGAAAGUCAGAAGCAACAGCCAUAAAUCUCAGGACGGGAAGAGGCCUGAGAUGGGACAGAAGCAGGGCCAGAAGUGGAGUGUCCAGCCUCGUACCCAGGGCCACCCCUCCAGCCGCCACCACCCCGCCCCCGGCAGAGACCCUGGGCUGCUCACAGCCCCGUCCUCGUCCCCACUGCGCUCGCUCACUCUUUCCUGCUUGGCCCGCUCCUUCUCCAGGCGGUGCGCCUCCCACUGCUCCGACACGUACUCCAUGAACUUCUGCCCGUUCACCACAAACGCCUUCGAGUGCUCCCGUUCCCACGUUUCUAUCCGUGCCUUCAACUCCUCUUCCAGCUGGGAUCGUAGACAAGGACACACUGAUUACCACUAAUUUUUGGUGAAGCCCGCGUGGAAUGAUUCCCCCAAAGGAGGACCCCGCCCUAGAGCACCGGGAGCCGAACGUCAAGUCGCUGGACCCACGAGGGUACAGGUCAGAGUGACCAGAGAGCACAGCCUAGGGAUGGUUUAUUCUUAACACACAGGAAGGGGGGAGAAGGCAAGAACCCAGAGUCUAACUAGGGUUUUGGUGCCUAAAGCUGGACGCAGCAACAUGAAGUGGGCAGAGCGGGUUGAGAGCGCAGCCUCGGGGUUCACGGCCGGAUCUACUUCUCAGUGGCUGUGAAAAGGUGGGCGAGUUAUUGAAGCUCUCAGGGUGUCUCCUCAUCUAUAAAAAUCGAAAUGAUCCUAACGUCCUAAGGAGGUGGUGACAACGAAUGAUUAAUGGAAAGCACUUUG